AAAUGGCGACUGGAACAGACGAUACUGUGAAAUGUCGUUUAAUUUCUUGUGAUAAAGGUCCCAUAGGAAAGACGGAUGGACACGCGGAUGUCAGGGCGUAUGCUGUUCCAAAAAGCAAAAGAUCAGGUUUUCAAGUUAAUUGGAAUGAAGAAGGAUUUGCAACGUUCCACACGGAAUGUUGGUUUGCCUUAUGGGGGAUGUAUAAAGACAAAUCAUCAGUUCUCACGAAGGAGGAAAGAGAAAUGGUGAAGGAGGCUGCCAAGACAGUAGAAAUCCAUGACUCGUGCUCAAAACUUGAACAGGAAGCAGAACACAUAGUAAACCUGAUAAAAAACGCUGAAUAUUGUAUAGCGUUUACAGGAGCUGGUAUUUCCACCGCGGCCGGCAUCGGGGAUUUCCGAGGAAUUCAGGGCAAAUGGACAGAAAGAGACAAAGUCAAAGACCAUGGAAGCAAAGGGAAAUCCAAGAGAACAAUACAAGACGUUCAAAAGCUCCGCCCAACUUACACACACGAGGCUUUAUUCAAACUAAUAGAAAUGGGAAAAUUAAAGCACGUGAUCAGUCAAAAUGUUGAUGGACUACAUCGUUUGUCAGGAAUUGAAGAAGGUCAGAUAUCGGAACUGCACGGCAAUAUGUUUGUCGAAAAAUGUGAAAAAUGCAAAAAACGGUAUGAAAGAAAAUACAGAUGCACGGGAAAAGCUACCAAAGUGCCCAUUAACAUUUGCAAGCAAUGCCGAAUCAAUCAUCGGACUGGUCGUUCCUGUAAUGAAAAGAAGUGUGACGGAUACUUGAUGAACACAAUAAUAAACUUUGGGGAUUAUCUAGAGCCAGAAGUUUUCAGAAGCGCUGUAGAGCAAGCUUCACGCUCUGAUCUUGUUUUGGCACUUGGAACGACACUAAAGGUUUUUCCAGCAAACGAGAUGGUGAAAAUGGGUAAACGCCCAACGCGUUUAAUCAUAUGCAACAGACAAGCGACUGAUUUUGAUGAAACUUGCUUGAAGCUGGAUGAUGAUGAAGUUCCAUUGGGAUCAAGGGUCUUCGGAGACUGUGAUAAAUUAAUGCGAGAAGUAAUGCAACGUAUUCUUCCAGAAGAGGAAUUAUCAAAAUGGGAGCAAGAUAGAAAUGUCCGAAUGCUUACAUACGACACAAAACGAAAAUUGUAGCACAGGAAAAAA